AUUUUUUAUAAAAGAAGGUGUAUGAAGUUUAAUUAUAAAUUUGGUGGUUGAAAGUGUCUCUUCACUUGGCUAACUUAUCAUGAAAUGAAAAACGUAUGAAUCACAGUUGCUAACACACAAUAUAACGUUGCUCUAUUUUAUUUUCCUCUCUUUUCCAACACAAUAAACACUGUAUUUUUUCUCCUUCUCUAGUAGCUCUUGCUUCAAUUUCUUCAAUUCAUCGGUGACUGUGAUCAAUCAAAAUAGAACUCUUCAUAAUUUUUAUUCACAUAUCAUUCUUCCAUGUUAGAAGAAGACUUUGACAACGAUAUCGAUGAAGGUUAUGUUCAUCAUCAACACUCUCAAACACACAACUUGUCUCGGCUUUCUGUUUGUACCAGCAGUACUACGUACGACGUAGAUGAUGAUGAAGAGGAUGUUAAUGAUGUCAUGGCCAUGUUUGUCUCAGGCUUGUCCAUAGAAAGCUUGGAAGGCGACGCAGACGCCGACGGCGAAUUCUCCGAAGAUCACGGCAAAGAGACCCAUGCAAGGUGUUCCUCUGGCUCUGAAACCGAGUUCGGUAGCUUUUACUCUUUACCAUUUCCUGGGGUGCCAAUUCAUACACCAAUUGCAACCAAGGACUAUGAAAUUAACAAUGAUGAGGAGAAAACAAAGAAGAGGAGGAUGAGGAGAAGAAGAAAGGGUAGUAAGAGCAAGAACAAAGAUAAAGAGGAAGAUGAUGUGGUUCAUGAUCAAAGUGUGAAAGGUAGGAGCAGGUCACUGUGCAUGGACAUGGAGGAAGUGAAGGCUUGUACGGAUCUUGGGUUUGGAUUCCAGAUUCCCACUCGUCUUUCUUUUCCUGGUGAUGAUCCACGAGAAGUUAAGGCUCGGCUAAAAAUGUGGGCACACGCAGUAGCAGUAUCUGCAUCCAAAUACAGCACUUCAUUUUAGUGCAUAUUUUCUACAAUACAGACAUUGAUUAACUGAGUAACCACCAAAUUGGACGGAUCAAAAUCCUCUAAAGUAAAGAGAUUUAUAAAGUAAGAAAGCAACUAUCUAUAAGAAAGCAACUAUCUAAUCACCAUUAAGUUAAGAAAAUGAGACUCACAUACAAUGAAGGUUAUAAAUUUGAUGGUAAUUAAUAUCUUAUUUUAUUCCUUUACCAAUUUCCUCACCGUAAAAAGCGUCUCAUUUAUCAUGAAAAAUCAUUCUUAAGCUAUGGAAAGUUUUGUUAAACAUUAUACAUUCUAGUAAGGUAUGAUCUAUAAUCUUCUCCAACCGGUGAAGGACUUUACAUACUCGGUUAGCUUUCUAUUAUCUUUAAGCUUCCAAUACAUGUAUAUAAAGUUUGUUCUUUCCACUAGGAAUCUCUAUUUGUUCUUGUCCUCUUGAGGUGUUUCUCAAAUUCCCCAUCCCCUUGGAGUGUUGUGUUUUGGUUGUAAGUAGAAGUGUGGAAGGUGGGAAUUUUGGAUGCAUAUUUCAAAGUGAAUUAUUGGUCACUGUAUUCUUCUACUACUGUCUAAUCAAUUUGCUAAAGAUGUAAUUGGUCUUCUUGAUUUGUCA